AACUCUUGUAACUUAGAUAUUACUUUCUCAUAUUUCGUUUCAUUGAUACUUAUUUAAAAUACAUAUUUAUAUUAGGGUAAUUGAAAAUUGCACAAAUGAAUGAUCUCUUUAUUUAUAAAAAUGGCGAAAAGAGCAAAUCCAUUUACAGAAGACUUUAUGCCUCAAAGUAAAAUUCAUGUUGGACUGAAACAAUUCAAUAACAAUGAGGAUAGAUUGCAAAAAGUAUAUGAGAAAACUUUAGAUCUUUUAUUCAAAGGCGCUAAAAAGCCUAUUACACAUGACUUAAUAGAAGAUUCGAAUAUGACCGUUUUAAAGAGGAAAGACAAUAUGAAACAAUUAGUUAUAGGGAAAAACGGUAAUCUUCUUCACUCGAGUAAUGUGGAAGCACAGAAGAGUGCAGGUGCAAUAAAAUGCAAUUGUAGCAUUGAGGCAGAGUCCAGCUGCGCUUACUGUGAGAGGUCCCUGUGUGUGAGCUGCCAGCGUCAAUGUGUCCGGUGCGACCGUCCACACUGCUCUCACUGUUCACUCACUGGAUCUGAAGGAGCAGUUGUCUGUGUGUCUUGUUAUGGUUAAAUAGUUUAUAAUUCAUAGACAAAUUGUUAUUUAAUUGAUAGUGUAGUAAAUAAUUGUAAUUUAGGGACUCGAAGCAGAUAACUUGUUAUUAUUAAAUUUAAUGUGAAUAAUUAAUUAUUAAUUGUUGCAAUGUUUUGUAAGUAACAAAGAAUUGAAAUGAAAUAACUCUCAGUAAUA